ACGUCUAUCGUAAAGGUUGGUAGAGGGCACGGAGCGACAACACAAGAGCAGCAGUGGAAGCGAAGGUGCCAAAUUAACAGAAAAAAAGGACAAUGACUGAAACGCCGCCGCAGUCCUUCCUCCAAACGGCAAAGUUCUUUAUCUACGCCUCGGGAAUAUUCUUUCUUUAUUUCUAUUACGGGAUUCUACAGGAAACCAUAACUCGCACUCGAUAUGGGGAAGAGAAGGAAAAAUUCACCUAUUCUCUUGCACUCGUAUUUUGCCAGUGUAUCGUCAAUGCUAUAUAUGCAAAGAUAAUGGGGAAGUUUUUCCUCGACCAGGGCGAGGACACCACUCGCCGUGUCUACUAUGCUUCCUGUUCCCUCACUUACCUGCUGGCCAUGGUUGCCUCCAAUAUGGCACUGCAGUGGAUUAACUAUCCUACACAGGUUGUAGGCAAAUCUUGCAAGCCGAUUCCUGUGAUGGUUCUUGGGGUUAUAUUAGGCCGUAAAUCCUAUAGUUGGAAGAAAUAUGUUUUCAUCUUCAUGAUUGUUGUAGGUGUGGCACUAUUUAUAUACAAGGACUCAAAGGCAACUGCAUCAACAGCAGGUGGUGGAAUAGGCCUUGGUGAAGUGCUCUUGGUGCUCUCCUUGACGAUGGAUGGCCUAACAGGUGCUGUUCAGGAAAGGAUGAUUGCCGAGUCCAAGACGAAGUCAGGCCACAUGAUGCUCAACAUGAACCUCUUCUCGAUUGGUUACCUUGCCGUUGCUCUGCUUGUAACUGGUGAGCUGUUCACUUUCGUUGCAUUUGUGCAGCGUUUCCCUGAAGUCAUGACAAAGAUGCUGAUCUUCAGUGUCUGCAGUGCUCUUGGCCAGUUUUUCAUUUUCCUGAUGGUGAGUGAAUAUGGUCCAUUACCUUGCUCCAUUGUCACUACAACACGGAAGUUCUUCACUGUCCUGGGAUCAGUCAUUUUCUUUGGCAAUGAGCUGUCAAACAGACAGUGGGGUGGAACUCUCCUUGUGUUUUCAGGUCUCACCCUGGACGCCAUGUACGGGAAGACACCCAAGAAAGAGAUCAAGGAUGGGAAGGCGAGCAAAGAGCUUCUGGAUUCACAUACUACUUAAGGUACACACUUUUGAUGGGUUUCUUAAACAAGAGUGGAUUUGGAACAUCUAGAGGAACUGCUAGCAAGAGCUACUUCUAGUCCAUGAAAUAUCUUUACUCGCCACAGCUUCUCCACAAAAACUGCCUUGGAUUUCUUGUAUUAGUCCACAUUUACCAUCUAUUUCAUCUACAUUAUGUUGCAUUUGCUUUGCACAUAACCCUGAUUCAGCAUUCCAUGAAUACUCUGUCACUGGCAGAACAAAACUAUAUAUCCUUUCAUUGUGGUCAGUGAUCCUCUUGGAAUUUUUUUCUAUUAGAUUGGACUUCCCUAUGCUGAGGUCUUGGUGCUGCAAGCCACUGGUCCUGAGUCAGACUUACCUUGUCCAGGACCAUGUAUAUUUGUCUUUUUUUCAAUAGAAUUUUUACUCUUGGCCUGGGUUAUCUGGACUUCUUAAGGGAAAAACAAUGUAUUGCUGGCAAAACUGUUAGAAAAAAACAUGACAACCCAUUGUGUAAAUAUUUAUAAUAGCUGAAAGACUUAUUUUCAUUAUGGAAAACCUGCUUGAUACAAAUGCCUUAUUAUGUAUAGUAUACCAAAAAGUUUCAUCAUUGCAUAGAGAUGAUUAUUUCCUGUUUGAACCCACAGAGGUUUAUUUUUACCCGUUAGUAUACUGGUCAAAAUGCAUAUGGUUAGAAAAUACACAAAACCUGAGAAGUUUUCUAUUGUGUAUUAUUCUAAGAAAUAAUUGAGAGUUUUCUAUCAAUUAUUUCUCUUAAGACUGGAACAGUAUACCUUUGUAUGCCUGACAUUAAUAAAAGUAUUAUCUUUAUA